AUGGCGUCAAGACGAGCCAAACUCUUGGCCCAGAUGGGCAAAAAAAGUGAAAUCGCUGCAAAUCCUUUCGCCAUGCAGACUCCUGUGAGGGAGAACCACACAGGUGAAGACUGGAAUCUGCAGCAUAGUGCCAGCAGCACUCAAAGUGAUGAAUCAUCCUUGUGUUUGGGUGACGAUGCGAUUAAAGUAGUCGAAAGAAGACAAACUUUAAAGAGGCGUCUCUUUGUUGGAGCGGACUUGAAGCCAUGCUCUAAAAAUACUGAGCGAGCAACUUCAGUAUCAACUUCAUGUCGCAAUUCUGCACUUAAACCAUUCAAAGAAGCUGCUAGUACUAAAAGCAAGACCGAUCCACAAAAUUCAGUUUCAUAUCUAACUGUACCUAAGACUUUGAAAGAAGCCGCUGUUAAGCCUCCAAGCCAAGAGACCAACAAGGAAUCAAUUCUAGGCAGACUUGUUCUGAGAUUACCAGUGUGCUCGCAACUUUAGUUCCUGCUAGCUCCACUGUACCUGAUUCAUUGAAAGAAGCUGCCUCUAAACAGCCAUGUCCAACAUUCACAAAGGAAGUAGAAGACUCAGUCAAUCAAACUACUCUUACAGAUAAUAAGUCUGAUCCCCAAAAUGCAGUUCCCUCUCCAAGUUCACCUGUACCUGAGCCUGAG